ACGAACCCUGCAUCCAGCAUGACUCUGACCUUCACUCCCUUACCAGAAGCAUGGCAUCGCAAUCGACUGUCAAAGACGUCAGCAGCGCGAAAGCCUGCCCCAAUAUGGGACCUCCUCCCAGCCGAAGAGGCGCCUGGAGUGAUAUCUAUGCUUGCUGGAAAGCCCAAUCCAGCCACCUUUCCAUUCCGACAUAUUCACCUGGGGGUACGAGCUCCGGGCGCUUCUGACAGCGCCCAGACCGAAACCCUCGUGAUUGAAGGGGAGGAACUCGAUCGAGCGCUGCAGUAUGGUACUACCCCUGGGAUGGGCGAGUUGCGCGAAUGGUUGACAAACUUGACCAAGGAGGUUCAUAAGAGGGAUCCAAGCGAAGGAUGGCGCGUCUCGCUAGGUCCAGGGAGCCAAGAUAUAUUGUACAAAGCGCUUCACGCGCUGUUGAACCCUGGGGAUACUGUUAUCAUCGAGGGACCAACAUAUCCCGGAACCACGCCCAUCCUGGAGGCGAUUGGCUGCGACCCUGUCACUAUCGAGGUAGACGCCGAAGGAAUUGUUACAUCUGAGUUGGAGAGGGUCCUCUCCACCUGGGAUAACAAUGGGAACAGGCCGUUCCCAAAGGUGGUCUACACGAUCCCUUUCGGAGGCAACCCAUCGGGCAUGACCGCAAGUCAGAGGCGACGCAUCGAAGUCCUAAACAUUGCAAGGAAGUAUGACAUGAUCAUCAUCGAAGACGACCCCUACUACUUCCUGUACUAUGGAGACGAGCCGAAACCAACUUCUUACUUUUGUCUUGAAAAAGAGAUGGGUGGCGAAGUUGGGAGAGUAUUGAGACUGGACAGCUUCAGCAAGGUGGUUGCGGCGGGUUUCCGGCUAGGAUGGCUGACAGGUCCAGAGACCCUGGUUGCAGCGAUCGAGCGGCAUAGUUCCAUAAGCGUCGUCCAGGCGUCCUCUUUGACUCAGGUCGUCGUUCUCAAACUCCUCAGAGAGUGGAAAAUCGAAGGUUUCCUUCUUCACGCAGACGCAACGGCCAAAUUCUACCGCCAGCGAAGGGACGCGUUCCUGGGGUACCUCAACCGGCAUUUGACUGGACUUGCGGAGUGGACGGUACCAGAAGCUUCAAUGUUCUUCUGGGUGAAGUUGCGCCUACCGCCCACGCUGGAUUGUCACAACGUCCCUUCCGAAACCGACUCUCACACUUUCAUUCGACACAAAGUGAUGGAUCGAGGUGUCCUUGCCCUUCCCGGGUCUACCGCGUACGUCGACGGAAGGACAACUGCGCGAGUUCGAGUCUCGUUUAGUCUUUUAUCGGAUGAGCAGAUGGAUGAGGCACUUAGGCGCUUAUCUGUGGUGUUGAAGGAGGAACUAGGCGAGAAUUGA